AUGAAACUGGCAACUGAAACUCCGCUGUUGCCGGUUACAGGCCCCGAUGAGAAAGGAGGAGGGUUGGAGACCGUGGCAAGCCUCCGUAAAAUUUUGCCAGCUGUCACUCAUGAUAUUGACACCAUCAGAAAUUAUACCGGCUCGAUCGUCGCCCGGGUUACCAAGGACCGAGAAGACUGUUGGGGGAACGAGGCAGACUGCGAAAAGUUGGCGAUCAGAACCUGCUCUUUGCCUUCUGCCAGCCGGGGCCGUAGCAGCACAAAAACGGCUGACGAAGACCGACGGAACGACGACGAAGACACCAGUCAGCAACGGAGUCGCUAUCCGUUCUGA